UUCAUUUUAAUAUUCAUAAAACAAGUUUGUUUCGGUGAACAAAUUAAUCAGAUUUGUAAAAAAAAAUGAAAAAACAAGAAAAUCCAUCCAAAAUAUUAAGCCAUAAUCUUAAAAAUCGUUUACAUAAUUUCAAUGAAAAUAUACGACGUAAAUCAUUUAUUCAUAAUGUUCCUGUCCAUUUUGAUCAUCAAGAUCAUUAUGAUUUGGUUCAACAUUUAUCGAAUUUAUCGGCCAAAUCUAAUCAUCAAAUUGUUACCGUAAUUCAACCUGAUCAUGGAUCAAUGAAAAUGAAAAAAAUAAAUAAUGAUGAUUCUGAUUCGGAUUCAAAUAUCGUUCAUUAUCAACAUCAACAACUUCAUGAUGGACAACAAAUCAUAUUACAACCACAACGAUUGGCUAUAGUUAAAACAAAUUAUCAACCAUCAAUGACAAUGAUCGAUGAUAAUCAUCCAAUUCGAAAUGAUGAUCAUUAUGGUUCACAAAAGAAAUUAAUUCGAUCGGAAUUAUCAUUGGAUAAGAAAGGAAGAAAAAAGAAACCCAUUCUAUUGCGAUUAUUAUGGCUAAUAUUUGCCAUAAUCGGAGUGAUUACAUUGUUGAUUAGUCAAAUGAUUCUACUUUCAUCCGAAAGUAUUGUAUUGAGUGGUUUUACCAAACAAUUAGAUGUCAGUGAUUGGAGUGCUUUAUUACCAGCAUGGAAAAAUGUUGCCCUUGAUUCGGAAUAUUAUUUGUUUGGUAUUAAAAAUCCAAAUGAAUUUAUUCGUGGAUCAAAACCGAUAAUCAAAGAAAUUGGUCCAUAUAAAUAUCGUGAAUUUCGUCGCCGUAAAAUAUUGGAAUAUAAAAAAGAUAAGGUUGUAUUCACUGAACGUACACAUUUUCAGUUUAAGGAACAAGAAUCUCGAUCAAUGAUGGAAACUAUAACGGUUUUGAACUAUCCAUUAUUGUCAAUAAUAUAUGCAGUGAAAGCAACGAUUAAAAAUUUGUCGCUAAAAUUUCUCGAUCCAAUUGUACAAAGUAUAAUGUCAAAUGUUUUGGCUGCAACUGGCGAAAAAAUUGUUGAACAACGUACUAUCUAUGAGUUAUUGGAAGGACGAUCAAUAAAUUUUUUUCGUAUUGUCGAAACUAUAUCAAGACCAUUACGUUCGGUUGGUAUACCAAUACCAGAUCUAGGUGAAUUAGGCGAAGGUUCGGGCAAUAAAAUUCGUAAUCAAACAUUUGGUUUUAUUUGGCAACGUGCUGAUGUUGAUAUUGGUCCAUUUGAAUAUUGGAGACGAACAGAAAAUGGUCAUGUAUUUAGCCAUGUGUUUAUGGUUGAAGGAAAAACAUUGUUUCCUGAUUAUCGUAGUCCAUGUGAUGAAAUUCGUGGUUCAGAUGGUAUGCAUUUUGGAACAAAAAUUUUUCACAAAAAUACGAUCGAAAUAUUUAAUUCACAAACAUGUCGUGCAUUAAGAUUUAAACGUGAUCCAAAUCCAUCAAAUGUUUCCGAUAUUCAAACAAUACGUUAUGAUCUUGAUGUUCAUCAGAUUGAUAUGCGUAUUAAAAAUAAUCGAUGUUUUUGUCUACAAAAUUCAUUGUCGAAAUGUGAUGGUUGGCAAGAUUUAUCACCUUGUUCAAGUGGUAUACCAUUAGCAAUUUCAUGGCCACAUUUUCUUAAUUUUCCAAAUAGAGCUAAACAAUUAAUAGGUCUACAACCAGAUCGUGAACGUCAUUCAUCAUAUCUAAAUAUUGAACCAAAUACUGGUCUAACAUUAGAGGCUAAAGUUAGCAUACAAUUAGGUAUUAAAAUUGAUUCAACUAUGCCGGGUUUGAGUUCGGUACCAUUUAUGGUUUUUCCAAUUUUUUGGACAACUCAGAGAGGAGGUCCAAACAAAGACGAAAUGGUGCAAUUUAAUGCAUUAGUAUUUCUUAUUAAUUUUGGCAAUACACUUUUUGGUACUAUCACUUUGGCCACAUCGAUAAUGUUUUUUUGCUGUUCUUGUUAUAGCUUUAAACGUCGACAUAAAACUAGACCAAUUUCCUGAAUUUCUUUUUUCCUUUUAAUUUUGUUCUUUUCCCGUCUACCUCACAAAUUAUUUUAUUUCAAAAAUUUUCAAUCGAAUAAAUUU